AUGCGUGAAGGAAGUUCAGGCAGGGAGGUGCUUGGAGGAGGCCUUGGUAGAAGUGCCUUUGGGGAACAAGGGCCCAGGCAGGGUUUUGGGCAGGCUGGUGUUAGCAGAGGCAUCGAGGAGGUCCAUGUCAACACCAACCUGCUGAGGCCAAUACAAGUGCAAGUUGACCCUGAGUUCCAGAGAGUGCGGUCAGACGAGAAAGAGCAGAUUAAGGCUCUCAACAACAAAUUUGCAUCGUUCAUCGAUAAGGUCCAAUGUCUUGAGCGGCAGAACCAGGCUCUGAUGGCCAAAUGGGAACUUCUGCAGCAGCAAAGUACCCGGCCAGAAGAGAGCAGAAAUAUUGCCUCUUUCUUCCAAGCUUACAUCAGCAGCCUGCAGAGGCAGCUAGAAACGCUCCAGAACCAGAAGGAGCAGCUGGAUCCAGAAGCAUAUAACAUGCUUCAGCUUGUUGAAGAUUAUAAAAAGAGAUUCGAGGAGGAGAUCAACAAGCGCGCAUCUAAAGAAGAGGAGUUUGUGGAGCUCAAAAAGGAACUGGACAGUGCCUACAUGGGGAAAACGGAGUUUGAUGUUCGGGUGGAAAUCUUGAGGCAGGAGCUUGAGUUCCUCAGAUGCUUACAUGAAGCUGAACUGUCCCAGCUGCAAACAGUAGUUGGCAACACCAAUGUCGUUCUGUCCAUGGACAACCAGAGAGAACUGAACAUGGAUGGUAUCAUUGAAGAAGUCAGGCAGGAGUAUGAGGCAAUUGCUCAGAGAAGCAAAGCUGAAGUAGAUGCCAUGUAUCAGGGCAGGUACCAGGACCUUCAGAACAUGUGGGUGAAUCAACGUGACCAACUGAGGAACAGUUAUAAGGAAAUCCAGGAACUCACCAGGCAGAUCCAAAGACUACAACCAGAAAUUGAAAUUGCAAGAAAAAAGAGUGCCAGCCUCCAAGACACCAUUAAAGACACGGAGCAGCGUGGGGGCUCUGCCAUCAAAGAUGGCCAGCAAAAGCUUCAGGACUUGGAAAAUGCCUUGCAAGAGGCCAAAGAUGAUCUGGCUCGCCUUCUACAUGAUUAUCAGGAGCUCCUGAAUGUGAAAUUGGCCCUGGAUAUUGAAAUUGCCAUGUACAGAUCGCUCCUCGAGGAGGAGGAGACCAGGUGUCAUUGA